AUGUAUCAAAUGUGUUGCAAUUUGUUUAUAUUGAUCUUUGCGGCUGUGAUCGCCCGCGCGAUCAGUUUCGAAGUAAACUUCCAGGAAUCCUAUCCCACACACUUCCUGAACUCAGAUCAGGAAUCGAUGCUCCACAAACGGGCGACUGCUGUGCCUCAGUUUUUCGACCAAGCUAGCUUUAGUUUCGAUGGACUAUCACGAGUGGCCUCCGUGCCAGUGUCCUUUCCCCUCGACAUUUGCAUCCUCCAACUGCCCACGGUAAAGUACGCUACGGCUUUGCAUAAAAAUGCCGAAGGACAGCGUCACUUUGCCGUCUAUACCUGGCGUCCAGCUGAGCAGGACUACCAGCUCCUCGUGAAGUUGGAAACACCUAAAGCGGUGGCUCUGGAUUGCCUGACCUUCGCUGGACGUGGCUAUGUAGCAGUGAGCUACAAUCUUACAGAACCCGUAAGCCAGGCCCGUGAAGGCUCGCCCAUCUAUGAGAUUUCCCCGGAAACGGGGAUACGGACAGUGCAAUACUUUUCGGGAACACAUCUACGUGGAAUGUACCUUCGGAUCAGCAGUCAGGAACUUACUCUUCUGCAUGCCUUUGAAUCGAAAGCGGAGUGUCCCUAUUUCAAGUGGAUGGGCAAGAGUUUCCAGAGACUGGGCGCAAUUCAUUGCAGCAAAGCUCGAAGAAUGGAGGCCUUUGGCAUUGACUACACCGACUAUGUGGCCGUAGCCAACUACGCAGAUGCAGAGGGACGAACUGCCACCCACUCAGAGAUCUUUCGAUGGGAUGCCAAGUCCCAGAGAUUCCAGCUCUUUCAGCGACUGCGCAGCAAUGGAGCCGUGGACGUAAAGUACUUCAGUCUCCCAGUAAACGAGGUAAGCCGCAGGCACUUUCUCAUCCUGGGCAACACAAUAGGCGGAACUGGCGCCGAGGUGGGCGAAGCAGACACCGUGAUCUAUGUUUUUGAAAAGGGGCAGUUUGUGCCGUAUCAGCGAUUGAGUUUCUAUGCCUUGGAGAGGGUUUUGCCAGUUCAGCACUCAAUAUCGGAGAAGUUUCUACUCCUGGUUGCUUGUAAUAAACAGGAUGUCAAGAUCUAUAACCUCAACGACUGGCGAUUCGAGGAAUCCAAGGUGCAGUUCACAGAGGGAGCUUUAAGUCGUGGUGUGGCACGUAUGCGAAGCUAUGAGGAGGGGGAUCAGAGCUAUUUGGUGAUUGCGAAUGAGAAUAUGGCUGCCAACGAGACAAACAUCUUUCAGCCACUCUACAAACAAGAUGAGCAUGCCAACAUACUCCGCCAGCAAAUCAUUGACUGGGCUCGGGAGCAAAGAAAGCUAUUGGAGCAAGUGAAUUUAGAGCAUCUAUUAAAAAGAUUGGAAGACAAGUUAAAGCACCGUGAGGAGAAACUGAAAUGGUCGGUUAUCAAGCAAGUGAACGCCAAAUCGUUCGAGGAUAAGCAGAUGAAGCUCACACCUAAUUACUGGAAGGCUUUGAAGCUAACCAAGCAGGCCUUGGAUAAAAUCGAACAAAAAACGAUCGCCGCAGGUGCCAGACAUCCCAAUAAGAGAUCCGUUGAUCAACCAAAUGAAGAACCCAAUUUCGAUGAGGUCACUGUGGACACGCUGGUGGUGCACGGCACAGUUAAAGCAGACCAUAUCAAUGGAGUUGAUACGAGAAACCCUGUUUAUGAUUCCGUCACUGCCAAUAAGGUUUAUGUAAGCGAAAAAUACACCGAACCCGCCGGAAAAGAAAGAAAACUUUUGCUUGAUGAGCUAAUAGUAAAGGAUCUGAAGCUUGAUGGGCGACUAAAUGGGCUCAAGUGGGCAGACCUGUUUGAUCUGACUUUAAAACGCAGCAACAAAGAUGUGCAGUUUAUCAAGGCAGCUGCUGACUUCGAUCAUCUGGAAUCCGACGCUGCCCAAGUCAACAGCAACGAGGUUAACGAUCGUCCGUUGGGUCUGCUGAUCCCCGUGGAUGGUGGAGACUUCAUUGUCCAACAAGAUGUUCAGUUUUCCCAACCAAUUCAGGUGAAUCGGCUGCUCAUCAAUCAGCGGCUUAAUCACAUCCACGUCGAUCGUCAGCGCUUCGAUGUCCUGACCAAGCAGGCAAAUCACACACAGGUCAUCGAGGGUUUCAUGAGAUUCGAGAAUGUUCGAGUCAUGGAACCGAUAACCAUUGCGGGUCAAAUGAUGGGAGCCGAAUUGAGAGCGAUGUCGCCGGCAAAGGUUACCCACAAGUCGCUGCAACUUAAUGGCAAUUUCGUUGUUGACGGCGAUGUGACCAUUGGACGGCUGCUGCAAAUGAAAGAUUUUGUGGACGGAUCUACUCAGAAAUCUGCAGCAGAAGCAUUGACUCGGGGCCUGCGAUUGGAUCAAACUUUGGAGGAUGUGAAUCUCAACUUUGUGGAACCACUUAUUGCCAACAGUACCGAGCUAAGCUUCAUCAACACGCAAGAUCUACAAAAUCUGGUUAAACUGAACGUGGGUGAAGUGCAGUUGGUGCAGGCAAGUAAAAUAUUUCCUCAAAAUGUAGAGAUACGCGAUGGAUUCGGCGAGAUCAAGUGGCUAAAUGGGAUUGAUACGGAAAGACUCCCGGAAAUGCUGCUCACCAAGAGUGGCAACCAAACUAUUUCGAGUUCAAUUCAAUUACAAGGCGUGGAACUGGACCAUGUCAAUUCAUCACAGAUCUUAUUGAAUGGUUUAGGAGUUGAGGAUUAUCUUCAAGCAGGUCAGGAUCAAAAGUCAAAUGGAACACUGUAUAUUGACAACAUGGAUGUGAGGGAAAUGAGCGUGGAUGAUCUGCACCUAAAUGGCCAGCUCUUUGGCCAAACACUUUCCUCCAUAUACGAACAUGGAAGCAAGUCCCUGGUCGGGUGGCAUCUGCCACCCCACUUCAAUGGCACCCUUCACGCCAAGAAUCUGUGGCUUAGUGGCCAUAUUAACAAAGUGAAGGUGGUUCAAUUGGAGCAGCAGCUGCAGCAACUGGCGGGAAAUGUCAAAUACGUUGGCGACUUUACUUUUGAGCAUGAUGUAAACAUCAGUUCCCUCAGCUUUGAAAACUCUCUAAAUGGAAUUGAGGCCAAUAAAUUUGGUAGCUGUUGGUUGGAGACCGACAGGAACCAGACUUUCACAGCCCCCCAGAAGCUGGCUUCUCUAGACAGCCAGCAAGGCCUCUGGCUAAGAGGUCAACUGAACAACCACACCUUGGAAGAUCUGGAGAACCGUAGCUACAGGAUCAACGCACCGGAGCACCUGCAAUCAGUGCGGUUUGCGAAUCCCAUUGUGUUGCAAUCGGAGCUUCAGUUGGAUCGCUUAAAUGGACUCCGCGUCCCAGAGGACGUUAUUUACCAUAAUGGUGGAGGUUACAUCUCUGCUCCAGUUAGCAUAGAUGGUGACCUGGAGGCAGCAGAAUUGUCCAACAUAACCAACCUGAAUGGUUAUCCUCUGGAGGCGUUGGAGCUCUAUUUAAGUGGGCAAAAUGUGCGAACCUUUGUGGCGGAGAAUGUAAAGUUUAGGGGAGAACCCUCUUACCAGAUGCUGAAUGGCCACAAUCUGGGAAACCUCCUUGAUCAGGUGUGGCUGCACAACGAGCAGAUUGAGUUGAGAGAAAUAAAACUGGAAUCUGGGCAAUUCGAAGGCCUGUUGGAAUUCCAGGGACCCAUCAACGGGCACCAAGUGGAUCAUAUAACCCAGAACUACUUCAGCCGGACGCGUAGCAAUCUGCUGAAAACUCCCCUGAGCUUCCAGCAUGACGUCACGUUCGCACAGCCUCCGGUUGCCAAAUACGUAAAACUACGACGUGGCAGCAGCGACGUUUUAAUGGAGGGCACCAGUAGCAACUUCUCUCUAGAUUUUGAUGAUUUUGUAACUCACUCGUUGAAAACAGCCGGCUCUCACGCUAUAAGUGGAAAAUGGGAACUGCCAAAGGCCUUUAUUUCGGGAAAUCUGAACAAUAUUAACAUAAAUAAUUUAAACCUGGCUAAUGAUGUCGUGAGAAUGCCUCUUCAAAAUUACAGUACCAAUCCUCCCUUGACAGUAGAAGCACUGAAAACUGUCCAAGGCGGCACUAUAAAUCGUCUCCAUGCAACCCCUGAAAGCCAGGUGGCGGAGGUGCCUGUUGCCAAGUGGAUCCAUGAAGCAGCCUACCUUUACGGAAACCACAGCAUUGCUGGCAUUACCCGUCUGAAUAAUGUCAAUCUCUACAACGAUCUUACCGUGAAUGGUCCUGUAAAUGGUGUCCCCUGGCAGACGGACAAGCUCAUUUUGAUAGACAAGGAGCAGGAUGUACCCGGCUCCCUACUAGUGUCGAAUAGUCUUCCCGAGCAGAAGCGAGUUAUGAGCAAUAAUGUGAAGAAUCUCUGGGUGGAUUUCGUCAACGAUCUGCCCGUAAACGAGUUAUUGGUCAGCAAGGCAGAAAACCGUCCCAAUCUUCACGUGGAAAGCCAACUGAUCUUCACCCAGCCCCUAACUGUGGGUUACUACGAAGCGGGCAACGGAAAUGGGCUGCUGGAUAAAUAUUACAAGAAAAAGCGGCGUGUCGAAUCGAAUGACAUUCAUGAUUGGCAGCAGCUGCAGGAAAAUGUGGCAGCUAUUAAAAACAGAUUGGCCAAGCCGCCUAAAGUGCUGGAAAGCUUUGCUGUGCUGCAGCAAUUACCUCAUAAGGCCUCGCACAUGAAGAUCAUCUCCGUGGACAACGAGGACGUACUGGCCAUUUGGGAGCAGGUGUCCAGCGAAGUAGGGGCUACUUACACAUGGCAACCGGAUAUACAUCAUUUUGGGCAAAGUUCAAGUGCAGCACUGACACAGCUAAACAAGACAAACUUGAAUCCAAACAAUGAGGAGGCACAGAACCCGCAGAAACUGCAAUUUAGAUCAUAUGGAUUUCAGUGCCGGGCACUACAAGAGGAGAACCAGUUAGUAAUCCGAUGCCUAGAUGAGCAGAACAACAGCAGGGAAGCAAUCUUGCCCAGGCGGGAUGUAAAACAGUUGUUGCCGGUCGCUGAUUCAGAUGAGAUGACCAUUCUACUUCGUACUCCCAGAGCGGUGGAGCUUUGGAAGUGGAGUAAUGGCAAUUACUCCCUAUCGAGCAGGCUGAUGGAUGGGCAGGUGGAUCAAAUGGCUCUUAGUCAAGGAGGUGCUGGCAUGGAGAGCGAAUAUGUGGCGCUGAUGGCUUCAUCGCCAGCAGCAGAGAUUCGGAUAUACAGCUUCGGCAGCCCAGACACAAGCAGCUUCCAACUGGACCAAGUCCUGGAACUCCAGGACUCCCAACAGUUGCGGGUAAUGCGCUUUAUGUACCUGCCCAAGUCCGACGAUCUACUGCUCUGCGUGUCCAACGUACUGCCGCAGCAACAGCUUCGCAUCUACCAGCACAGCGGAGCAGCGGGCUUCCAACAAAUCCUCGGCGACAGCGCCUUGCCAAACGUUCAUGCCCUGGAGGUGCUCCAGCUGCCCAGCCAUAAGCUGCAACUGCUGUUCAUUGCCACGGAGGAGUUGGUCUACUUGCUGCAGCCGCAGUUUACUACACUUUAAGUCACUUGUUUUGUUUGUUUUUUUCUAAAUAAAAAUUACUUUUUAUUAA